GUAUAAGAACUAUAAGAUAGCGCAGAAUAGAUAUAAAAAAUAUUUUAAAUGCUUAAUACACAUAAUAAAAGACAACUGCGAUUUCGCGGUGAUCUCAGUGCCAAUACCAGUCGCAUUGAGGAGGUACAUAAUGAAGAUUCUAUUAAACUACACAAAAGCAAAGCAAAACAGGCAACAGUGCAGGAUGACGUUGCCGUUGCAUCAACACCAACAACAACAUCAGCCACAGCGACAGCAACACAGCAGCGUCUACCAAAUACCGGCUCAGAGUCCAGUACGUUUUAUGAUUUCUUCAAAGUGGAGCUCACUCGUGGCUAUAUGCUGGAGCACGAUGAAGAGCGCUACUCGGCGCGCCGUCAAAAGAUCUACAGUUUUAUGCGCAUACCGCGCGAUCUGGAACGCUUUAUGGUCUACGGCAUAAUGCAGUGCGCCGAUUCCUUUCUAUAUAUACACACAUUUUUGCCGGUGCGCUUUGUGCUCGCUGUUUGGUCGCUGAUAACGCGCACAGUGGCACGCAUUUGUCGCUUGCGCAGCAGUGGACAACGCUUGCUUUCACCAGCAGAGAUCUGUGAUCUGCUCAAGGGUGCCAUUUGGAUAACAGUAACAUUGAUAAUGCUGCUGGUGGACACCAAUCGUGUUUAUCAUAUAAUCAAAUCGCAAUCUAUUAUUAAACUCUAUAUAUUUUAUAAUAUGCUGGAGGUGGGCGAUCGUCUGCUAUCCGCUUUUGGACAGGAUACCAUCGAUGCACUUUUUUGGACAGCAACAGAGCCAAAGAAUUCCAAGCGUGAACACUUUGGCGUGCUCACUCACGUACUCUUUACGCUUAUCUACGUGCUAUUGCACAGUGGGCUUAUAAUGUUUCAGGCCACCUGCCUUAAUGUUGCUGUCAACUCCAAGAACAAAGGCUUGCUCACUAUAAUGAUAUCCAACAACUUUGUCGAGCUCAAGGGUUCGGUGUUUAAAAAGUUUGACAAGAACAAUCUAUUCCAAUUGACCUGCAGCGAUGUGCGUGAACGCUUCCAUUUAUCCGUGCUGCUGUUUAUUGUUAUGAUACAGACCAUGAAGGAGUUUGACUGGUGCUUUACACAAUUCUGCGUCAUGUUGCCGGAUUGCUUUGCCGUGCUCUUCACCGAAAUACUCAUCGAUUGGGUGAAGCAUGCGUUUAUAACAAGAUUCAAUGAGCUGCCCGAAAGCAUCUAUCGCGAGUAUACAACAAGCCUGGCCUACGAUAUGACGCAGACUAGACAGAAGCAUGCAUUUUCGGAUCAUUCGGACUUGGUGGCGCGUCGCAUGGGCUUUAUACCAUUUCCGCUAGCGGUGGUGCUCAUCAAGGCAAUAUAUACAGCGGUAUCAUUUGAUAAUCUAGCUGCCUGGCUGCUGUUUCUGCUGGCCUAUCUCUUUGCCUUGGGCUUGCGCAUUUGCUUGACCAUCUGUGCCUUGGGCAAGGCGUGUAAGCUAAUGAAGGAGCAUCAAACGGAGCGCAACAGCUCAACGCCCAGCAGCAUGACCAAUAUGCCUUUCUCAAGCAACACAACUGCAACCACACAUUUGAACAACAACAACAAUAACAUAAAUAGCAGCAAUCUUGCGGCUGCUGCCAAAACCACAAUUGCCUCGCCUUUGGAGCAAAGUCUAAACUUUUCCAGAGCCACAUCCACGUCAACGCCUAAGAAAGCCGCAAGCGAGCAAGAGCUGGAUGUCACAAAAUCUUUAGAACUCGGCGCCACGGCGCUAUUUUCCAACAGCGAUGUCGAUCUCGAUGAUGUGUGCCUUAAUGAGCAAGUGACCAAUGUAAAUGCAACUUCCAAUGCACAAGAUAUGUAUCAGGAUGAGGAGCUGGCACGCAGCGAACCGGAUUUGCUGCAGCUGAGCGAGGCAGGCAACUCUGCUGGCGGCGGCGAACUCAGCGCCAAGGCAUUGCAGGAGCGCUACAAGAGCGGUGGACUGCCCAAGCGCACGCAUAAACGUUCCGAAUCAGAGCCUUUCAUUGGCACACAGAGUCUGAGUGAUAAGCCCAUGGGCGCUGGCAGUGGCAAUGGCACGUAGUCGCAGCUGCAACUUGGUCUAAAUAUAACUUUCAUUUGCGUCCAGUGGCAUUAGAAGCUCUCCGCUUAGUUUGCAUGGCAUGGAAAAUGGUUUUGUAUUUAUUUAUGUAAUUGUAGUUUUUGUGACGUUGAUUUCACACACAUACUGUAAACGAAUGAAUUUAAAUA